AUGUGCGAUUCACGAGUCACCGGCUUUCGAUUUGUUGUGCAAGCAGAGCAGACGCUGUUAAAACUCCAGGCGACAGAUUUUGUAGACAUGGCGGGUCAGUUGAUAAAAGAAUGGACUGCAAUUCACCAAUUUCCAGCUGCCACUCAGGAGAAAUUGGUUGACUUACUGGCAAAAUUGAAGAAUGAGAAUGUUAACACUUUGACAAUCCUCGUGAUGGGGAAAGGUGGUGUUGGAAAAUCUUCCACCAUUAAUUCGAUUAUUGGGGAACGAGUGGUCACUGUCAGUGCUUUCCAGUCUGAAACUCCAAGGCCAGUGAUGGUUUCGCGAUCUCGAUCGGAUUUUACACUUAACAUUAUCGACACGCCAGGGCUUGUUGAAGGAGGAUAUGUUAGUGACCAGGUCCUCGAGACAAUAAAAAGCUCCCUGGGCAGGUUCCUUCUGAAUAAGACCAUAGAUGUUCUGCUUUAUGUGGACCGUCUGGAUGCAUACAGAGUGGACAACAUGGACAUGCAGAUCGUGAAAGCUAUUACCGAUAGCUUUGGAAAGGAGAUAUGGCAUAAAGCAGUGGUUGUCCUUACACAUGCUCAGCUUGUACCUCCUGAUACUUUGAGUUAUGAGGAGUUCUUCUCCAAACGAUCUGACUCCCUUUUGAAAUGCAUCCGGCUAGGAGCUCGGAUAAGCAGAACGGAGCUUCAGAAUGUUGCUCUUCCUGUUGCGUUGGUUGAGAAUAGUGGGAGGUGUAAGAAGAAUGACAAUGACGAGAAGAUCCUUCCAACCGGAACUCCUUGGAUUCCAAAUCUGGUCCAAACGAUCACGGAUGCCGUCUUAAAUGGAAAAAGGGGCAUUCUUGUGGACAAGAAGUUGAUUGAGGGCCCAAAUGUAGACGACAGGGGAAAGAAAUUUAUACCUUUCAUCUUGGCCGCACAGUACUUCUUGGUUAUCAAAAAUAUACAGAAGUGGAUCAAGGCUGACAUUGCUCGAGAGGCCGAGCUGAAGUGA